UCAACACGGUGAACCGCUCACCUGACGGCAGCUACGUCGCUGUCUCCAGCCGCGGCAACUUCUUCUUGACAUGGGAGCCUGGGCAGCUAUAUUGGCAACCGCACAACAGGGCUGUGGCACGGCGGAUAUAGAACAUGGGAUGGAGAGCAGAUGGUGGUCUCUGGCUCCUCGUGCGCGGCGGUGGGCUCUUCCUCAGUAAAGGAACAGGGAUAGUUGAGGACUUCGAGGAAGCGUUGGUGCAAAGCCGGGGGUUUGGGAUUCUGGACGUGGGCUACCGCUCAAAGGAUGAGGCAUGGGCUGCCGGUGGUAGCGGUGUCCUGCUGAAAACAACCAAGGGCGGCAAGACCUGGGUGCACGACAGGGCCGCAGAUAACAUCCCCGGCAACCUAUACUCCGUAAAGUAAGCACUCGGAUCGCCUGAAUUCCGCAGGAGAUAUCAUUAUCUUACUUGUUCAGGGUCUGAGUCUGUUUCACGUCUGAAACUCUGCCAACAUUUUACAAUGGUUGUGAUGGAUGUUGCAGGUUCAUUGGAGACAACCAAGGUUUUGU